AUGUCCAUCGCCCAGGCGGCGGCCAAGGCCAUGCUAUCUGAUGCCCUGCUCCAGCACGGCUCUGAGAUAAACCGGAUCAGCCACCUGGAGCUGGAGCUUCCUCUGGACAAGGUCAUCAAAUUUGUGUCUGUCGGCCUUCCACUGCUGCUGGUGUGCAUGGCGUUCGCCCGCGAGAUCUCCCUGGGGCCCCAGAUCAGCUGUUUCCCUCCCAGCAAUUUCACCAUCAAGCAGGCCAGCUACGUCGACACGUACUGCUGGGACUCUCUCAUGCAUCAUGAGUUUGACAGCGAGGGGAACUUCGAGGAGCGCUCUCUCUGGGUUCACAAAAUGUUCCCUUACUCCCUUAUGGCCAUGGCGGUGCUGAUGUACCUGCCAGCUCUGAUCUGGCGCCAGCUCGUCAUGCCCACACUGAGCUCAGACCUGCUCUUCAUAAUUGACGAACUAGACAAGUCAUACAACCGUUCGAUCCGAAUGGCCCAGAACAUUCUAGAUAUGCGGCAGAACACCAAGAACCCCCUCACAUUUCAGGCUGAGCUGAAGAGGGCCAAGAAGAAGCGAUACUUUGAGUACCCUCUACUGGAGAGAUACAUGCAGUGCAAGCAAAACUCCUACUUCCUCGUUAGCAUGCUUUUCUUGCGGGGCUUCCUCCUCCUGACCUUCAUGACUGCUGCCUGUCUCUACUUGGCCUACUUCCACCUCUCCGCCUUCCUGCAGGACGAGUUCAGCUGCUUUGUCCGCACGGGCAUGCUGCGUGACCAGAACUGGGUUCCGGAGCUGGUUCAAUGUAAAAUGAUUGGCCAGCUGGUCUUUCAGGUGAUAAGUGUGGCCAAUGGCGCAAUUUAUGUCCUGUUGGCUCCCAUUGUUCUUUUCAGCUUGAUCCGGCUCUUUGUUUGGGACACCACCUUCAUCUCUGUCUAUGAGGUGCUCCCAGCUCUGGAUCUCAUCAACCGCCGCCGGCUUGGGUGCCCACUGAAUGACCUCAAUGUCCUUAUGCUGUUCCUGCGUGCCAACGUAGCGCACCUGAAGUCAUACGGAAAAGUGAGGGCAUUGUGUUCACUGGCGCCGCCACAGGUUGGCAACACCACCGCAGGGCAAGGCUUAAACGCAAUGUUGACCCAAGAAGAGAUAGAGGAGCGUGAAGAGGCUGCGAUGGAGCUGGCAGAGGAGGUAGAGGAGGCCAAGGAGGAGGGGAAACUCAACUUAGUGGAUAUCAUGACUAUUCUGGGAGCAGCACAAGGACGAGUGGUAAACUGCAGCGAGAAGAGGCCUCUCGUGGAGGAGAAUAUGAGUCUGGAGCCAAACCACCAGGGGUACCAUGAGUUGAAGGAGACAGCACCAUUUAGUCAUUACUAGGCCUCCUUUGGACUGAGUCAAUGUGAUAACAGUGAGGGGGGGUUGGCAGACAGUAGAUUUUCAAGAGUACUGUACACCAAGACUGCUGACACCAUUCAUGGGGUUUUGCCGUCUGGAGACAAAACAAGGCCUCUUUUAGAAUUACAGGGCAAAUAGUUCUGGUUGGAUAUGUCAGUGGGUUUGUCCUUUUAAAGCAUCUGCAGAUCUGUAGCUGCCACAGACAUUUCCUUCUCUCUGGAUUUUAAGAAGCCAAGGAAGCAUGCAAGGGAAAGUGACUAUUAUCAUCAUAGUGCAAGAAGACAGGCUGGGCAAUCUAAACUAAGUCUGACCAAACAGUAGUUAACUAUAUUUCACCAUGACUUGCGUAUCAUGUGCAUCUGUAAGUAAUGGUGUGCUAUGAAAAUAUACAUACACUGUAUUUAUCAUUCAAGAGACAGGAUUUAUUUUUCUCGUGGCAACUAUGGAUUCAAUCAGCUGUAACAUCCUGCAACUUUUUUUUAAUGAACUCAAGGUUAAAUGAAUGAAUAU